AAUGGGUGCAUACAUGUACGCAUGCAGUAGUAGCUAGUUGAACGUCACAAUGUUGGCGACAUUCUCGAGACUUAAAAGGCCUCGGUUGCUUUCUCCGGACAUACUUUUAGGAUACAUAUUAGGACAAGAGGUCAGAAAAAACGCCGUGAGCUUGUUCAGUCCCAGUUCUCCAGUCCCAGCAGCGUGGAGACGGAAAGUCACCGGUGGUGUCAGAGAUAUCAGCACCUCCUGCACGCUGUGCGCCAAAGUCCGAGGAAACCCGAAGAAGAGGGAGCUGUCUGAAAAGAAGCUGACCCGUCACUUUGUGGACCAUCGCCGUGUGAAGCUGGAGGCUGGGUCGGGCGGUAAAGGGGCCAGUGGAUUUCACAGUGAGCCGCGAAAAGAGUGGGGUGGACCAGAUGGAGGGAAUGGAGGUGACGGAGGAAGCAUCAUCAUCAAGGCGGACAAGUUUGUCAAAUCAUUGGCGCAAAUAGUUCCGGUUUACAAGGGAGAGGAUGGGCAAUCAGGGGGCAGCAAGAACUGUUACGGCAGGAAUGGCAGCCCAACCUAUAUCUCUGUACCAUUAGGCACUGUGGUGAAGGAACAGGGACAGACAGUAGUGGACCUUUCUGAGCAUGGCCAGGAGUAUCUGGCUGCGUUUGGAGGGGCUGGUGGCAAGGGGAAUCGCUUCUUUCUGUCCAAUGAGAACCGUGCCCCGAUGACGGCAACCCCAGGAAUGACGGGCCAGGAGAGGGUCCUCCAGCUAGAGCUCCGUACCAUGGCCCAUGCUGGACUGGUGGGCUUUCCUAAUGCUGGGAAAUCAUCAUUGUUGAGAGCCAUCUCCAAUGCUAGGCCUGCUGUGGCUGCUUACCCCUUUACGACACUCAACCCGCAUGUAGGAAUUGUCAAUUACAGAGAUCACGAGCAAGUUGCAGUUGCUGACAUCCCAGGCCUCAUUCGAGGAGCCCAUCUCAAUCGAGGCCUUGGCAUCUCUUUUCUGCGACACAUAGAGCGCUGCCGUUUCCUCCUCUAUGUUCUGGAUCUGUCAACUCCGGAGCCCUGGACCCAGCUCGAGCACUUGCGUUAUGAACUGGACCAGUAUGAGCCUGGUCUAUCCCGGCGGCCUCAGGCCAUUAUAGCCAACAAAAUGGAUCUACCUGAUGCCCGGGAGAAGCUAGAGACUCUACAGAGCCACGUCACCCAGCGUGUCAUCCCUGUGUCAGCUCUCACGGGACAGAACACAGAGGAGCUCAUCCUGCAACUCAGAGAGCUUUAUGACGGAUACCUCAAAGGAGAAGGCAGUGGGGAAGACAAACCAACUAGGUGGUAGUGGAAACAAUUUCCUCAUGCUCCACUGAUAUUUUUUUACGAUACAUACUUGUAUAUAUAUUUAUUUUGGAAGAAAUAGAAUGUG